GGCAGGUCUCUACCUUCUUUUUCCCACAGCGGCUCAGCAAGGCGCAUCUUGAGUGCUUGGCCCGCGGUUCAAGGUAGGCACUAUACCGGAAGGGGGGACGGAAUAAGCCAAACUUCGAACAUGGAGGACGAGUACGAAGAUACGGCGGAGAGAAUGGAGGGUUUGGCGCUUAGGGGCAAGGGCAGGGGAGGCCGUGACCGUCGUGGUGGAAGGGAGGGAGGUGCUGGACGUCCUCAGGACCGCGGGGUUGCGAUCUCGAAGGCGCUUUCGUUGUUGCUGAGACAUCGGGCUGUGGAUGCGGGGGUUCAGAUCGAUGCGGAGGGGUUUGCGUCGCUGGAUCGGGUGAUGCAAUGGCCGCGUCUGAAGUCUCUCAACCCGUCUUUCGACGAGAUCCGCGAGGCCGUCGCCGAAAACGCGAAGCAGCGCUUCUCCAUGAAGCCCAAGGACCCGGGCGUCGCGGACGCAGAGGCCGACCCGGCUGCUUGGCUCAUCCGCGCUAACCAGGGCCACAGCAUCGUGCUUGCGGACGAGAGCUUGCAUACCCCGGUUACCCUCGAGGCGGGGAAUAUCCCCGCGACCGUGGUCCAUGGCACGUAUUUUGCCUUUUGGCCGGCUAUUGUGGCGGCUGGGGGGCUGAAGAAGAUGGGGCGGAGACAUGUGCAUUUUGGGACGGGGUUGUUGGAUCAGGACCGGGAGGGGCUGGGGGGCGGGGGGGAGAAGGUGGUUAGUGGGAUGAGGAGUGAUGCUGAGGUGUUGGUUUUUGUGGAUGUGGAGAGGAGUCUGAGGGAUGGGGGGAUUAAGUGGUGGAUUAGUAGUAAUGAUGUUGUGUUGACGGAUGGUAAUGAGGAGGGUGUGGUGCCGUUGAAGUAUUUUAAGGAGGUCAGGGGGAGGAAACAGGGUGUUGGUGAGUUGUGGAGGGAUGGCGAGAAGGUCGCUGAUUUGCCGGAGGGGAUCGUGGCGAAGGUUCCAAUGGGGAAGGGGAGAGGAGGUGGUGGAGGAGGAAGAGGAGGAGGAAGAGGUGAUGGAAGAGGCGGCAGAGGGGGCAGAGGUGGACAGAGAGGUGGGAGAGGUGGGAGAGGUAGAGGGCAGGAGAGCUAAGUCUUGUGGGCUAUUAAAAGAAAUUCAGUCGCCUCAUGGGAUAGCCUGGAUCAUCUAGGAGUCCUAUUCCCACAAUCUGGAGCUCUUAUUAAACACUAACUGAAAAUAGGGAUA